GGCCCGUUCCCCCGUAACGCGCCCUCGCUCUCUCCUCUUUUCCUCUCUCCUUCUCUUCACGACACAGAGAUGCCCUCGGCUACCAACAGCACUAUGGCGAACAGCAGCGGGAAAGCGGGCCCGGGUGGUGAAACUACCCCAGCGGCGGCGGCAGCAGCAGCGGCGGCCGCCCCGCAGCAAGCAUCGGGUGGCAGCAUCACCUCGGUGCAAACCGAGGCCAUGAAGCAGAUCCUGGGAGUGAUCGACAAAAAGCUGCGCAACCUAGAGAAGAAAAAGAGCAAACUUGAUGAUUACCAGGAACGAAUGAACAAGGGAGAACGUCUGAAUCAAGAUCAACUGGAUGCAGUCUCAAAAUACCAGGAAGUGACAAAUAAUCUGGAAUUUGCUAAAGAACUGCAGAGGAGUUUUAUGGCUCUGAGCCAAGACAUCCAGAAAACAAUUAAAAAGACAGCUCGCAGGGAGCAACUGAUGCGAGAAGAGGCUGAGCAGAAGCGUUUAAAGACUGUCCUAGAGCUACAGUUUAUUUUGGACAAGUUGGGUGAUGACGAAGUGCGCAAUGACUUGAAACAAGGAUCAAAUGGAGUACCAGUGCUGACAGAGGAGGAACUGACAAUGCUGGAUGAGUUUUACAAGCUAGUGUACCCUGAAAGAGACAUGAACAUGAGAUUGAAUGAGCAGUAUGAGCAAGCAUCUGUUCACCUGUGGGACUUACUGGAAGGGAAGGAAAAACCAAUUUGUGGAACAACCUAUAAAGCGCUGAAGGAGAUUGUUGAACGUAUUCUUCAAACUAGUUACUUUGAUAGCACCCAUAACCAUCAGAACGGGUUAUGUGAGGAAGAAGAGGCAGCACCUGCACCUGCAGUAGAAGACGCUGUAGCAGAAGCUGAACCUGAUCCAGCGGAAGAAUUUACUGAACCAACUGAAGUUGAAUCAACUGAGUAUGUAAACAGACAAUUCAUGGCAGAGACUCAGUUCAGCAGUAGUGAGAAGGAACAGGUAGAUGAGUGGACAGUUGAAACGGUUGAGGUCGUAAAUUCGCUGCAGCAACAGACACAAGCUACAUCUCCUCCAGUUCCUGAACCUCACACACUCACUACUGUGGCUCAAGCAGAUCCUCUUGUUAGAAGACAGCGAGUACAGGACCUUAUGGCGCAGAUGCAGGGGCCGUAUAACUUCAUGCAGGACUCUAUGCUGGAGUUUGAGAACCAAACACUUGAUCCUGCCAUUGUAUCUGCACAGCCCAUGAAUCCAGCACAAAAUUUGGAUAUGCCACAAAUGGUUUGCCCUCCAGUUCAUGCUGAGUCAAGACUUGCCCAGCCUAAUCAAGUUCCUGUGCAACCAGAAGCUACACAGGUUCCCUUGGUUUCUUCUACAAGUGAGGGAUAUACAGCCUCCCAACCCAUGUAUCAGCCUUCUCACACAACAGAGCAACGGCCACAGAAAGAAUCAAUUGACCAGAUUCAGGCUUCAAUGUCACUGAAUGCAGACCAGACCCCGUCAUCAUCAUCACUUCCCACUGUAUCCCAGCCACAGGUGUUCCCAGCUGGGUCUAGCAAGCCUUUGCAUAGCAGCGGAAUCAAUGUUAAUGCAGCUCCAUUCCAAUCCAUGCAAACAGUAUUCAACAUGAAUGCACCUGUUCCUCCUGUUAAUGAGCCAGAAACCCUUAAGCAGCAAAAUCAGUACCAGGCCAGUUAUAACCAGAGUUUCUCCAAUCAGCCUCACCAAGUAGAACAAUCAGAUCUUCAGCAAGAACAACUCCAGACAGUGGUUGGUACUUACCAUGGUUCCCCGGACCAGACUCAUCAAGUGGCGGGUAACCACCAGCAACCUCCCCAGCAGAAUACUGGAUUUCCACGUAACAGUCAGCCUUAUUAUAACAGUCGAGGAGUGUCUCGUGGUGGAUCACGUGGGGCUCGUGGCUUAAUGAACGGUUACAGGGGACCGGCAAAUGGAUUUAGAGGAGGAUAUGAUGGCUACCGUCCUUCCUUUUCCAACACUCCGAACAGUGGUUACACGCAGCCCCAAUUUAAUGCUCCUCGGGAUUAUUCAAACUACCAGCGGGAUGGAUAUCAACAGAAUUUCAAACGUGGCUCUGGACAAAGUGGACCUCGGGGAGCUCCUAGAGGUCGUGGAGGGCCCCCAAGACCAAACAGAGGGAUGCCUCAAAUGAAUGCUCAGCAAGUGAAUUAAACAAAUUCACGGGAUUACAUUAAACGCCAAAAACACACUGGCCAGUGUACUAUACAUGUUACCAGAAGAGUUAUUAUCUAUUUGUUCUCCCUUACAGGAAGUUUGUUGUAAAGGGACUAUUUUCAUUACCCAUAAUGACAGGACUACAGUUGCCAGCUUUAUAUUACCUGGAUAUUGAAAGGAACGAAUCAACGUUUACUCUGCAUGUUCUGUCCUAAGCGUCAUCUUGAGCCUUGCACAUGAGAUUCAGAUUCCUCACCCUUGCUAAGAGUAAAGCAAAAAAGGCAAUUUUCAGGGUGAUCCAAUCUCCAUGGUUAACUGAAGUGGCAGGAAAAAGCAAAGACUCACUUCUGACGUUUAAAAGUGAUGUAACAAAUUUGGAUAAAAUCUGCAAAUUCUUAAAAGAUUUACUGUGGUGGCAGUUGAUAAAACUUAAUGUUCCCAUGAAAGGAUGGAAAAAGUGAAGUGUGGCUUGGUAGAGCAACUGCAUUUCAGCUUUUUCUUACUAAAUUGAAGCACUGAACAGUUAAAGAUGCGUAGUAAUGCAUAUUUCCCUGAAUAGACAAAUAGGCUUAUAGCCAGUUUUUGACAAAGCAGCAGCACCCCUUAGCUGCGGCACUCCUCAUCACCAGGGCCCUGUUUACUGUGGCUAAGGAUUUAAGAUCGCUUGCAUAACUGCUAAUGUAAUUGUGUAAUUUUUAUUUUUUUUUUUAAACAAGAAGAAAA